GAGAGGCGGCGGGUGGUGUUCAACGAGCUUCACUCUUCAUUUCAAAUAUUGCGGUGAAGUAAUGGAAAUAUUGGAACCUUAAGAUCUUGAAUGAAUUAGCAGUUGCCUUUGAAAUUGGCCCCAUAAAAAAUGAAGAGACACAGUAAUAUGCCACAUAAGUGGUAUAACUUGGAGGAAGUCUUCACCUCAUGUGACUCUUUAGAGAAAAUAUAUGAAUCAUUGAAGACUAUUCUUCACUUACAGUUGACCAACAAGUUAUCUUGGUCACCUGAUCCGAGUCGAGCUAUAUUGCAUUGGUCUCGAAAGAUAAAUGACUCGCAUGACAUGUCCUCAGCAUUUUGCCUUGUGCAAAUAUUAACAUCAUAUGCAACAAGUGGUGCUCGAGAUGUAAAUGUUGAAACAAUUUUGGAGGUGUUCCUUAAGUGUCACUGGAUGAUAACAACAGUACUGCUUCUGAAAAAUCCUCGUUUUGAAAAUCUAAGGAGUGCCUUGACCGGAUUGUAUUUUAGUCUCAUCGAAUGCCACCAGAAGACGUUAAUGUCACACUUUUGUGAAGUUGGUCGAACUUUUCUGAAAUCUUUGGUAACUCCCAAUAUGCCAGCACAAAUAAGGACCCAGUGUGUGAAGUUGCUCAAUGAAUUGCUGAAGUUGUCCCCAUCCAUGGCUCGAGAUGUCUUCAGGAAGAAAUACAACAAAUAUUUGUGA